UGCCCCUUCCUCACCACAGAGGUUCCUGAGGUGACUGUGUUUCCCAAGUCUCCUGUGACACUGGGUCAGCCCAACACCCUCAUCUGCCUUGUGGACAACAUCUUUCCUCCUGUGAUCAAUGUCACAUGGUUGAAGAAUAGACUCUCAGUCACAGAAGGUGUUUCUGAAACCAGCUUCCUCGCCAAAAAGGAUCAUUCCUUCUAUAAGAUAAGUUACCUCACCUUCCUGCCUUCUGCUGAUGAUAUUUAUGACUGCAAGGUGGAGCACUGGGGCCUGGACGAGCCGCUUCUCAAACACUGGGAACCUCAGGUCCCAAUCCCUAUGUCGGAGCUGACAGAGACUAUGGUCUGUGGCCUGGGACUGGCCAUGGGCCUUGUGGGCAUCGUGGUGGGCACUGUCUUCAUUCUCCAAGGCCUGAGCUCAAGUGGUGCCUCUGGACAUCAAGGGCCUUUGUGAGUCGCAC